UAUAGGCUGUUCGUGCGGCACUCGGCCUGUGUUUGGCGUCGUUCCGUGACUACUGGCUAUUAUAUUUUCUAAAAGCGUCUUGAACCUUUCCAAAGGUCACACUCGUCACCAAGAGCAAAGACUCGCACCGGUAUCACUCGAAGAAAGGUGCAUCAGACACUUCUCCCAGAGUUUAUCACCAUCAGACGCGGGCUGGAACAGAACGAAAGCCCCUCCCUUCCAAAAGCACUAAACCAGGAAGUCGCUCGAAGAGUCGAUUCGAUAUUUCUUCCGUUCCUCGUCGCUACGAAUCUUUUAAGUUCUGCCCCUUUCUUCUCCCUCCUGCACCAUGUCAACCGUCUUGCAAAAGAUCAAAGAAAUCGAGGCGGAGGUUGCAAGGACGCAGGUGAACAAAGCAACUUCGUAUCACUUAGGGCAACUGCGUGCCAAGCUCGCCAAGCUAAAACGAGAGCUGAUCACCCCCAGCGGGGGCGGAGGAGGCGGCGGGCUAGGGUUCGAUGUCGCACGUACGGGUAUUGCUAGCGUUGGAUUUGUGGGCUUCCCGUCGGUCGGGAAGAGUACGCUCAUGUCAGGUCUAACUGGCACCACAUCCGAGGCGGCUGCGUAUGAAUUCACAACGUUGACGACGGUUCCGGGGACGAUGACGGUGCGAGGAGCCAAGGUGCAGAUCCUGGACCUGCCAGGUAUCAUUGAAGGUGCCAAAGACGGAAAAGGUCGAGGUCGGCAAGUCAUCGCAGUCGCACGGACGUGCAACCUUAUCUUCAUCGUUUUGGACGUAUGCAAGCCCCUCAAGGACAAACAGAUCAUCGAAAAUGAGCUGGAAGGGUUCGGCAUCCGUUUGAACAAGACAGCGCCCGCGAUCAACGUCAAGAAGAAGGACAAAGGCGGUAUCAACAUCACCCACACCGUUCCCCUAACCAAGAUCGACCCCGAAGAAGUCCGAGCGGUGUUGAGCGAGUACCGCAUCUCCAAUGCCGAAGUCGCCUUCAAGCAAGACGCGACUAUCGAAGAACUGAUCGACGUUGUCGAGGGCAACAGGGUAUACGUCCCCUGCCUGUACGUGCUCAACAAAAUCGACAGCAUCUCAAUUCAGGAGCUAGACUUGCUCUAUCGCAUCCCCAACAGCGUGCCCAUCAGCAGUCGGCAGUGGUGGAACGUCGACGACGAGCUGGUCGAAAAGAUGUGGGAGAAGCUCAAUCUCGUACGGAUCUACACGCGCCCACGAGGCUCGCCGCCAGACUACAGCAGCCCCGUCGUACUGCGCAAUGGAAAAUGCACAGUAGAGGACUUCUGCAAUGCCGUGCACAAGGAGAUUGUCAAGCAGUUCAAGUAUGCAAUGGUCUGGGGCUCGUCGGCCAAGCACCCGAGAGGGCAGCGCGUGGGUGCGGACCACAUCUUAGAGGAUGAGGACGUCGUGUGUAUCUUCAAGAAAUGAGCGUACCGCGCUUAUCUGCCGGGCCGCGGCAGCGCCUCAUGAGCUGACUGGUAGUAGGAAGCCGGAUCAAGUGCUGACGGGCUUUCGAAUUGGGCGGCGCGUGCGUCCUGUGGCUCGACAUCUCAAUAGGGCAUAUACUCUGGAGGUGACUUGGCAUUGCAUGAUUUGCUUGAUGUUGAUUUUUCAUUCGUGAUUUCCUCUCAAAAUCCAUUUGC